AUGAAACUUCUCGUGGUAACUGCCGUUUGCCUUCUCGUCUCAACGGACGCUUUCCUCUUUGGAUGUGCAUGUCCCCCUCGACCAACGUUAUGUGAUGGUUACGUAGCACCCAAACCAUAUUAUCCUAUAGCACCUAAGCCAUAUUAUCCAGAACCACCUAAGCCGUAUUAUCCAGAACCACCUAAGCCGUAUUAUCCAGAACCACCUAAGCCGUACUAUCCAGAACCACCUAAGCCGUACUAUCCAGAAUCACCUAAGCCGUAUUAUCGUGUCUCACCACCUCCGUACUACGCUGCUUCUCCUGGUUAG